AUAUACUUAAAUACAAUAUGAUGGCUACUACAACUCCUUUUGUCUUUGCGGUUCUCUUGCUCUUUCUUGCUGCACAAGGAAAUUGCCAAUGCCAUUCUGGAACAGAUUUUUUUAUAACACAAGCUCCCACCGGACAAACCAUAAAAAACAAACCAGAAUGGACUGUGACUAUAAAAAAUGAUUGCUCAUGUUCAAGAGAUAAUAUUCAAGUAUACGUUGAGGGAUUUCACUCCGUCGAAGAAGUCGAUCCGUCGAAGCUAAGUAAGAUCACAGAUACUAAUUAUCUUCUUAAUAACGGAAAUGUAGUUCGCGGAUAUGAUUCUGUUAGUUUCAAUUAUGCUUGGAGCCGUGUUGAGUUCUCGGUCACCACCUCCUCCGUUUAUUGUUGAGAAGAUGUUAAAUUGAUUUUGAAUAAUCAGAAAUGUUAAUUAAUUUUUCUACAGUUUAUUUUGAAUA